AUGCACUUCUUUCACCAAAACCCCAAUCGGGAUAUUCAUUGGACCGGAGAUUAUGAAGAGUAUCUACGUAUUGAUAGCCGAAAUAAGAAGAUACUCGUCUUGGCCAACAACAUCUCAUCUACAACUUCGCACCUCCAGUCAAAUGUUGUUUUUACUGUAAUCCAUAGACCCGCAACCACCACUCGACAUCCCCCUCCUCCACCCACAGGUGCCUCCAUCUUGGCUCGUCCCAUUCCCAAUCUUGAAUACAACAUUUACAUGGGCGAGUUUGCACAAUUAGGCCAACAUUACACGAGUCUUCAACAGGAGGUAGGUGAGAUUUAUAUGGGUGUUGCUAAACACACCUCUGAAUUCUAG